AGUUUCUUCGUCGGUUCUGUGUUUCAGUCGUAGAAGUAGCCAUGUCUCAAGUUCAUAGAUUUAGACAGUUCACCAAGGAGAGACUAGCUGCUACUGUUGAAGAAAUAUUUGGAGUCUUUGAAAAAAUUAUCGUCCAGUAUGAGGGAGAGAUUGAUCAUCAACGCAAAUUGCUGGAUUCCAUCCUAAAACCAGAGAUAAAGUUAGACAGAACAGACUUUCCACAACAAAAUGUCUGUAAGGAGGAUGAUGUUCUCACUAUGGAUGAGACGAACUCCAGUGUGGACCAGGAGGAAGCAGAGCCUCCACAGAUUAAAGAGGAACAGGAGGAGCUUUGCACCAGUCAAGAGGGAGAGCAGCUCGUACUGAAGGAGGAGCCUGACACCAUUAUGGUGACUCCAGGUUAUGAGGAAAGUAACCACAGUGAACCAGAACAAAGUGGUGACCAGCUCCUCUAUUACAAUUCUCCAGAGGAACAAGAUCAGGAAGGACGGCAGCACGUACAUCCAGAAUCAAGUAGAAAUGCAAAACUGAUGACAAAUAAGGGAUUUGUCUUUAACAAUAUAAAGAGCCGCACAAUUAUAGACAGUAACCUUGAUACUGGCACAGAAAAGAUUGAUGCUUUUCAAACUCUCCCAAAAGAUAUGUCUCCAGUGAAGCAAAAUCUCAAAAGUGGUGUGAAUCCAUAUUGUUGUAACAUUGUGGGAAAAAUUUCUAUUACAAUAGUGUUUUUACUAUCCACAUGAGAACUCGCACAGGUGAGAAACCUUAUUCUUGCGAAAUAUGUGGGAAAAGUUUCAGUCGAACGUAUGGUGUGAUUCGCCACAUGAGGACUCACACAGGCGAGAAACCAUAUUCUUGUGAAACAUGUGGGCAAUCCUUCAGUACUAGUGGUUCUUUGACUGUCCACAUGAGAACUCACACAGGCAAGAAUAGAUGUGGGAGAGGUUUCAGUAAAAGUAGCAAAUUGAAUGUCCAUAUGAGAAUUCACACAGAUGUCAAGCCAUAUUCUUGCAAAACCUUUGGUAAAUGUUUCCUUAAAAAUAGUCAUUUGACUGCCCACAUGAGAAAUCAUACAGGUGAGAAGACGUAACAUUGCAAUAUAUGUGAGAAAAGUUUCAGUGUUGCUCACUGCUUGAAAAGACAUUGUCCUGAAACAUCUGUGGAGAAAUAUUGUGAAGAAUUCAUAUACAGCAAAUAACAUGUCGGUUAUUCAUAUUUAAAGUGCAUUUAGACUGUGUUUCUGCAGUAUGAAUUUACUGCCUGUCUAAUACAAUAUUUUUUUAACUGUCAGAUUUGUCAAUGAAUUUUAACCUGUUGGUCAUGAAUCGUGAAUUCAAGUGUGUUGUAUUUUUAUUUUAAGUAAUAUUGGAUUUUGAAAAGUGUCAUCUUUGAAGACUUUAGAGAUGUACACUCCAAAGUUUAGCUUAUAUUUGUUUUACUUGUUGUCUUGAAAUGUUUAGGAAUUGCAUCAACUUUUUCUUUCUUGCGUUAGAGGCGACACUAGCAAACUGUAAAAGUGUACAACAUGUUGUUCAAGACAUUGUAUAAAAAAAAGGGGUCAAGAAGAAAAGAAGUCCACAGUUUAACCAGAGAUAACAGAUGAGUCCAAAGUCCAGAGCUAGUUUUGAAAGAGCUGUAUAAGAAGCCUUCUCUCAAUAGAUGGCGUAGACUGAGACCUCACUUAUGCUGGGAAAGAAGUUUGCAAGUGUACAUAGUGGAAAACCCCUUACAUGAUAUCCACAGAUGAAGAAAAGAGGGGAUUCUAAAUGAAAACGGGGAUGUGCACUCUAAAAAAGAAAACGAAGAAGGUGUCAUGGAUGCUGAAAUCAGUAUGAACGAAUUAGUGAUGGUAUCAAAUGGAAUGAAAAAUACUGCUACAGGAUAAGAACAAUUGACCUGCAUGUUUUGGAAAUUGCCUGAAAAUAUGUUUCAAUUCUCCCUGAUUUGUAAUAACUUUUGUCAGUCUGUAAAAUUCAAGGUGUUUUUCACGGACUGCCCAGUUGGUACAACCGAAAACACAGCAUUAAUUCACUGUUUUCCAUGAUCUACUUCAGUCUGUGCGCUUUGUUUACCUUGCAGAGUGCCUUUAAGCACUCUCCUAGAAAGUCAUGUUUUAUGGUGUUUACCAGGAAGAAAGGGUUAUACAAUGACAAAAUAUGAAAAGGGUUAAUAACUUCAAAUAUCAUCACAUGAAAAUAGAGUUAUUAAUAAAGCAUUCAGGAUCUGUACUGGUGCAAUGUGAUGCAAUGCCAACUAAAGCAAUCCAGAUAGAGCUAGGAGAAGCACCUUCAGACCUGAGAUAAACUAAUGUUGACCCACUAUAGUUGACUUAAGGGAUGUGGCAAUGAAAACCCUGCCAAGUACAAUCCAUGGUUGUUGGGAAUGUAAUUCAUUUAAAGGCAUUGGCAUUGGAUGGUCAAUAAAAAGCAAAUCAGAAAAAUACAGACUAAAU